AUGGCUUAUUUCCCCCCUGCACCCGGCAGUAGCGCAGCGUCCACGAGCCUGAUACAGUACUUCAGACACUUUCGCAUUCUUCCUGGACUUACAGAACUGAUUCCUUCGCUACUUUACUAACCUAUGGUUAUCAGCCGCACUUCACGAUUUGCUUUAACGCUAGUUAAACCUCAGACGGUAUUAACUGAUCUCUUUUUUCCCCCCCACCUCCGUCUUGUUUUGUGUGUUUUCGACACAGCGGAUUGCCAAACUGGUGCAGCAACUUUCCUGCAUAAAUUUCCACAGAACAUGUCGUUGACCAACACAAAGACGGGCUUUUCUGUAAAGGACAUUUUGGACCUCCCUGACACAAAUGAUGAAGAAGGAUCUAUCACAGGAGCGGAGGAAGAUACGGAGGGAUCGGAGACGACAAAAACGACUGGAGUUUUGGUGCAAAGUCCCUUAGAAAAUGUUCAAAACCUGCCUUUAAAGAACCCGUUUUACGAUAAUAGUGAUAAUCCUUACACAAGAUGGCUUGCCACUACGGACAGCAUUCAAUAUUCAUUGCAUGGUCUGUCGGCUAAUUCCCAACAAGACUCCUCCGCCAAAUCCCCAGAACCUUCCGCCGACGAAUCGCAAGACAAUGACAAGGAAACUUCAAGCAACGGCAGUGACUCCGGUAAGAAGAGAAAAAGGAGAGUUUUGUUUUCCAAGGCGCAGACGUACGAGCUCGAGCGUCGAUUUAGGCAACAGAGAUACCUCUCGGCGCCCGAGAGGGAACACCUUGCUAGCUUGAUCCGCCUAACGCCGACCCAAGUGAAAAUCUGGUUCCAGAACCACCGGUACAAAAUGAAGAGAGCCCGCGCCGAGAAAGGUAUGGAAGUGACACAUCUCCCCUCUCCUCGGCGGGUGGCAGUACCUGUCUUAGUCAGGGAUGGCAAGCCAUGCCAUACUCUUAAAGCUCAGGACUUGGCGGCUACUUUUCAGGCUGGAAUUCCAUUCUCGGCAUAUAGCGCCCAGUCUCUACAGCAUAUGCAAUACAAUGCGCAGUACACGGCCGCCACUACGCCACAGUUCCCCACAGCACAUCACUUGGUGCAAACGCAACAGUGGACUUGGUGAACAACUAGAGACUUGUGGGAGCUGCCGUUUUAAAGACCAUAAUAGGGAGUAAAAAAGAAAAACAACAAUAAAGACUUUUAAAGCAUUUUGCAGCUUGACCCAUAUCUACCAUUUUAUUUGGGACUGAUAUGUGC